AUGAGACCUUCAAUUAUUAGAGCACAACAACAAGCAUUGAAAAAUAUGAUUGUUCCUCAAUAUAAGUAUUAUAUUAAAAGAAUACCCCAAGUUGGUAUUUGGUUUGGUAGUUUGAUGGCAUUUUUAACUUGGCCUCACUUGUGGGCCGAAGUAUCAAAUGUAAUGAAUAAUGCACCAGGUAAUAGAGGUUUAUUUUACGUUACAAGAGAAGAAAUGUUAGGUGGUGAUAAACACAAACAUUAA